CGAGCCGCGGCGGCUCCAAGCCUAGGCGAGGCGGGGUGGCGAUGGCCAUGGCCGGGACGCUGGCAGGUCUGGUCGCAGGCUUACAGGGCUCGCAUGUCGUCCCCAGCCCGGACUCAGACUCAGACACAGACUCGGAGGACCCCAGUACUCGCCGCAGCACCGGCGGGUUGCUCUGCUCGCAGGUCAUCCACAGCGGUCACUUUAUGGUGUCAUCGCCGCACAACGAUUCGCUGACCAGGCGGAGCGACCAGGAGGGGCUAGUGGGUCUCGUCAACUUCGGGCUGCGCAGCAUCGACCCCACACUCACCCGCCUCUUCGAGUGCAUGAGCCUGGCCUACAGUGGAAAGCUGGUGUCUCCCAAGUGGAAGAAUUUCAAAGGCCUCAAGCUGCUCUGCCGAGACAAGAUCCGCCUCAACAAUGCCAUCUGGAGGGCCUGGUAUAUCCAGUAUGUAGAGCGGAGGAAAAGCCCAGUAUGUGGCUUCGUGACUCCCCUGCAGGGACCUGAGGCUGACGAGCACCGGAAUCCUGAGGCGGUGGUCCUGGAGGGAAAUUACUGGAAGCGGCGCAUCGAGGUGGUGAUGCGCGAGUACCACAAGUGGCGCAUCUACUACAAAAAGCGGCUUCGUAAGUCCAGCAGGGAAGGGGAUCUCCUGGCCCCAAAGCAGGAGGAAGGGGGAUGGCAGCCACCAGAGCGAUGGUGUGAGCAGCUCUUCUCCAGCGUGGUGCCUGUGCUGCUGAGGGGUCCAGAGGAGGAGCCCGGUGGGCGGCAGCUUCUGGACAUGGAUUGUUUUUUGUCCGACAUCUCCGACACACUCUUCACCAUGACUCAGCCCAGCCCCACGCCCCUGCAGCUGCUCCCUGAAGAUGCCUACGUCAAUAAUGCUGACAUGAUCCAGCCGGAACUGGCGCCUCUGCAGCCCAGCCUGGAUGACUUUAUGGAAACCUCAGAUUUCUUCACCAGCUACCGUCCCCCACAGACACCCACGCCUUCAAACUUCCUGGAACCCUCCAGCUUUGGCCCCAUGGCUGACUCCCUUUUCAGCAGUGGGAUCCUGGGCACGGAGGUGCCCCCUGCCUCCUCGGGCAUGACCUACCUCUCAGGGCAUAACCGCCUGCAGGCUCGGAGCAGCUGCCCUGGUUCCGUGGACUCCAGUGCCUUCCUGAGCUCUGAUUUCGAUCUUCCUGAAGACGUUAAGCCCAAGCUCCCACCCCUACCCCUCUUUCAAUUCCCUUCCCCUGCCAAGGGGCCUGUCCUGGAGCCCUGCCCCCCACCCCUCUUCUCUCCUAUGUCUCCACCCCCUACUAUGCUGCAGGAAGAGCCUCUCUUCCCUCCCAGAUUCUCCUUCCCUACUGUCCCUCCUGCGCAGGGAGUGUCCCCAUUGCCUGCUCCCACGAUCUUCCCACUCAGCCCACAGCCUGGCCCAGGCCCUGACCCUUCCAACUUCCCCAUAGACCUUCAACCCUCUGGGUAUCCAGAGCCCCCAUUUGGGCCUCACUUCACAGUACCCCAAGGCCUACAGUCCAGAGGCAAGCUCCCCACACCAUCCCUUAGGGGGCAGAAACCCAGCUCCCCCACCUUGGUCCAUUGCAUUGCUGAGGGCAACAACCCCUGCCUCACACAGCUGCUCACAGCAGCCAAGCCUGAGCCUCCACUUGUGUCCUGCUGCCUCCUGCAGCCUACAGAGUCCCAGCAGGAGACGGUCCGUGAAUUCCCCUGCACCUUCUUUCCCCCGACCCCAGCCCCAACAUCACCCCAGCCACCUCCAGGCCUAGCCAUACUGGCCCCUCCCAGGCCUCUGAUUGUCCCCAAAGCAGAGCGGCUGUCGCCCCCAGCAAUCAGUGGUAAAGAGGGUUUGCAGGGGCUGGGGGACUUUAGGGGAUGGAGGGAGGGGAAGGAAGAAGGGAGAACUAUGUCUGCGGUCAGGAUGAGAGGGACAGAGCAAUGGGACCCUCUCCCCUGUGUGGGUCUGUCUGUGGGUUUGUCUGUCCCUGCCACAGGUGGUGAGCGACGGCCGUCUGGGGAGCUCAACUCCAUGCCAGGCUUGGGGAUUCUGAGUGUCCAAGUCUCUUCCCCUCAACCCAUCCUAAACCGGGGCCGCCUGGACAACAAGACUGAGAACCGGCGCAUCACACACAUCUCAGCAGAGCAGAAGCGGCGCUUCAAUAUCAAGCUGGGGUUUGACACUCUGCAUGGGCUGGUGAGCACACUCAGCGCCCAGCCUAGCCUCAAGGUCAGCAAAGCAACGACACUGCAGAAGACAGCCGAGUACAUCAUCAUGCUGCAGCAGGAGCGGGUGGCCUUGCAGGAGGAGGCCCAGCAGCUGAGGGAGCAGAUCGAGGAGCUGAACGCUGCCAUUAACCGGUGCCAGCAGCAGCUGCCAGCUACCGGGGUGCCCAUCACACACCAGCGUUUCGACCAGAUGCGAGACAUGUUUGAUGAUUAUGUCCGGACCCGCACACUGCACAACUGGAAGUUCUGGGUAUUCAGCAUCCUCAUCCGGCCUCUCUUCGAGUCCUUCAACGGGAUGGUGUCCACGGCAAGCUUGGAGAGCCUCCGCCAGACCUCGUUGGCCUGGCUGGACCAGUACUGCUCCCUUCCUGCUCUCCGGCCAACUGUUCUGAACUCCCUCCGCCAGCUGAGCACAUCUACCAGUAUACUGACAGACCCAGGCUGUAUACCGGAGCAAGCCACACGGGCAGUCACAGAGGGCACCCCUGGCAAACCAUCAUAGUGCUGACCAGACCCUGCUACUCACUCAGCGGCCCUGGGGCUGCCUUCUCUGGGCAUGGGCUCCAGGGACAACUCCUGGGCACUCCCCUCCUGCCCCAGGCCCUGGCUGUCCCCUGUCCUGCGCGUUAAGCAAGACCCAAGCCUCUUCCCAUCUCUUGGAAGCCAGGAAGAGCUGAGUUCCAGGCCCUGCUCUACCAGUGACUAACACUGUGACUUCGGGGACUCAGGAUUCCCUCUUUGGACCUCCAUUUUCUAGCCUGCAAAAUGGGGAUAGGGAAGCUUCAAGCAGAAGAUGAUCCCAAGGCCUUAGCAGCUUUGACACUUGGCGGUCUAAACUAGCAACUCAGAGAGCUUGAAGACGGGAAAGGGACAAUCCUAGUUCCCUGUCACUCUCACCUGCUCCCCCGACAGGUGGGACACAGGCCUCUGUUUCUGAGCAGGGAAGCAGAAAAGGAGGUUCCCUCUCUCUGCUCCUUACUGGUAACCUGGGGGCGUUUAUAGGAUAGUGUCUGGGGGGUGAAUGAGACCAGGAAGUUCUGAUCCCAGGAGCGAGCAGGGCAGGGUGUAGCCAAACCAGGGUAGACAUCUUGUGUGUGGAUGUGUGGAUGUGGAUUUUUUAAACAAUUCUUGACCAAUAAAAACAAAAAACUGUCUAAUAUUGUAU